CAGCCACAGCCCUGGCUGGGGUGGGAGAAGUGGAGCUGGACCCCCCCCCAAAGCAGCACUGCCCUGGUGUGCCUGCCUCCUGCCCGGGGGCUGUGCUGCCCCGUGAGAGGGCAGGGAGGAAGGUGGUGUGUGUCUCCUGGGCUGCACUGCCUCAGGAAGGUGGGUGCCCCACAGCUCCCUGCCCCGUGGAGGGAUGUCGGGGCCAGCCUCCCCAGGCGACACGGAGGGCUGUGCCUGAGCCCCUUCCCGUGGAGGUGAGGCGUCUGGUGUGAAGAGGCAGCAGCUGUAGCAGAGCUAACGCAAGGCAAGCUAGGGAAAUGCUCAGGGUGCUCCCUGGCAUGUAAAGUCACGGGGCAGCUGAGAGAUGGUGGUGGCUGCGUGCUGACAACGCGUGACGGAGGACCCAGGCCAUCUCCCCUGCCAGGUUCAAGUGCUGGUCACCAGCAGUGCAAGGCUGCAAAGGUGCCUGGGCUCCUCAGCCUGUGGGAGGUGGCCAAUGCAGGUGCAAUGGAGCAGCCUGGAGCAGCGCAAACCCCAUGGCAAGAGAACAGAAGGCACCACAAUUGCGACAAAAGCUUGUUCUUCAUGUGCUGGCAGCACCUCGCUGUGGUGGGUGAUGAGCAUCAAUGGCAGGGCUGGGGCCUGAAGGGAGCCAGGGUGUGCUGACAGCACAUCUGGCUCAGGGAGAGCACCUCCAGCCUGGGCUCCCCUUUUGUGGGCCUUGGCACCUGCAAGUUGCCUGCGAGGGCUGGGUGGGCAGCACCCAUGUGUUGUCCAGCAGCUCCAGCUCCCCUGCUCAACCAGCUGCCUCAGCCACAGGCUCUCUCUCAAGCCAUGCCGUGAAAUGGAGGUUUUUUGCCAUGGCAUCCCCUUCCCCAGCACCGAAGCACCAAGCUCACUCUUCUUGUAGGGUGCCAGGCACUAGGAAACACCCACAGACCAACCCAGGCUCACUGCACUGGGCGGUGUGGUGCUGAGCACAGAGGAUCCCCAAGGUGCUCCUGGCUCUGUCACCGGGGCUUCUCUGGGGAGAAUCACAAUCUCUGGGACAUUGAGUGGAGACAACAGGCCCUAGAAAGGCUCAGCACCCCACGCCAGCUGCCUCUAGGAGAGCAAACCUUUGGUGGGAAGGCGGCUUUUCUGGGAAGAAAAGAAGGGGCUCACCAGGGAGAGGGUCACAGGCACUCCCCUCCCCUUCAAGGGUUCCCUCAGGUUUAGGGGUGCUGUGGCCCAGACCUCCCUCUGCCAGGACCCUGCUGCAGACCUGGGGACGGGACACUGCUCACCAUCUUGGUCUGGAUGUCUCCAGUGUAUUUUGUUGGUGUAUCAGCUCCCUCUCCCAGCAUCCAGCUCAGUUAUCAGUGAUGCUGGAGAGCAGCUGCCGGGCGGGUUGGACUAGCCACGGGCCUUCAGUCCAUCAUGGACCUUCUGCUGGGCUGGCAACAACUGUGGGCCAGGAGCUGGGCGGAUGUGUGCCCCACAGGGGGAUCCCUGCUACCUUCAUCAUCACCCCCUCCUGAGCAGCCAGGUUUGCUUUAAAGACCCUGGCUUCCUUUUAUUGCUUCCCCUCUCAGAUUGCAGCCAGCUGCGAGGACUAUUUUUAGCAGCCUGCCUUCUAAAAAUAGCCCCGAGCUGUUUGGAGUUGCGUCACGAGAGGUAACUCUCUCCACGAGCGGCUUGGCCCCUGCGCCCCAGGAGGGUACAAAAGGAGGCCGGGAGCAGCGGGGUCAGCAGGUUCAGACGCAGCCAGAGGCGAAGGAGGCAGCUGUGGGCUGCCAGCUUCAGGCAUCCUAGUGCCGGCACCAUGACCAUCUUCUGCAGCCACUGCCACAGGCCCCUGCAGGCAGAGAUGAGCUGCCUGCCCAGGAGGGGAAAGCAGGCGCCCGGUGCCUCGAAGCCGUUCAGGUCAACCAAGAGUGCCUCCAAGGCUCGCAGGGACCAAAUCAACGUGGAGCUGCAGGCGCUGCGCUCCCUCCUGCCCAUCUCGGCGCAGGAGAAGGAGCGGCUCUCCUAUCUCCACACCAUGGCCCUGGUGUGCCUCCGGCUGCGGGGGGCUCAGCUGUUCCCUCCAGACUCAGCUCCUCCUGCGGGACCGGCCCUCGGCGCGGAGCUGCUCUCCCUGCUGCCGGGAUUUCUGCUCGUGCUCUCGGCCAACGGCAAGCUGGUCUACAUCUCUGAGAACGUGGCUCAGGUCCUGGGCCUCUCCAUGGUGGAGCUGCUCGCCCAGGGGGACACAAUCUUCGACAUCCUAGAUGGGCGAGCGCACGAGGAUGCACGCAAAAAGCUCCUCCUCGCCCAGGAGGAGCCUGGCAGGGAAGUCACGUUUGUCAGCGAGAUGCGCACAUCCAAGGCCUUCCGGCUGCAGCACGGGGGGAAUCGGGCUGUGGCAGUGCGCGGGCGCUUCACAGCCCUGCGCCGGCUGGCCUCCCCCUCCGCCGCAGCCUUCCUGGCCCUCUGCACGCCGGUUGCGCGGUUGCCUGCAGACGGCGAUGCCGGUUCCCAGGAUGACCUAAUCCAGAGCACGCACAUCCUAGACAUGACGUUUACUGAUGUCACGGAGAGCGUCACCUACCACCUUGGCUACUGCAGGGAGGAAUUGAUCGGUCAGUCGUGGUACAGCCUCCUGCACCCCGAGGACACUGACCUAGCGGCUGCCCAGCACAGGGCCGUGGCGCUCGGGACCGGGGCCGGACCCGCAGCAGGGUCGGCAGUUCUGCGUGUGCUGCGCAGAGACCGCACCUGGGCCUGGCUUCGCGUAUCGGCGCAGCGGGAGGACGGAAGCCACGCCAUCACCUGCACCAGCCGCUACCUCAGGGAGGAAGAAGCGGCCUACCUACGCGCCCGGCAGUACAACCCCCCGCCCCGUACCACGCCGCAGCCGCCGGCGGGAGGGGAGCUCAGCCUGCUAGCCGCACAGCUCCGCGCCCUGGCCGACAGCCUCUCGCCGCCCACCGCCGCCGCUCCGGUUUGGCCCUGGCCCCAGGCCGAGGCCGAGGCCGAGGCCGCGGCCUGCCCACCGGGCCCACCGGACGCCGCCUGGGCCCGUCUCCUUGGCAACGCGCCGGAGGGGGCGGGACCCACCGCCGCGCACGCGCACUACGCCCCCUGCCCGCUCCAAUAA